UUUCUAAUGCUAGUAUCCAUCCGUAGACAUCAUGACUACUAAUCAGUCAGAGGUUUACGUAUGCCCAUUAUCGCCAAACGUCACCACCGACCAUCUGCGCGAGAUAAUGGGCAACUUCGGGGAGAUAUACUCUGUUGAUUUGGAAUCAAUAUCGGGUUGCCCUGAUAGACAAAUUGGCAAAGUCCAAUUCAACGAUUCGGAAUCUGCCCGCAGUGCUUUGACACAUAUGGAUAGGGGUGAGAUAGACGGACUCAGGAUACGUGUAACAUUCGAAAAACCUGAAGGUGACGAUCUACAAAGGUUGAUAAAGUAGAUCCGCAUUACUUAAUACCUCAAUGAACUAAAUGCAG